CUCCGAUCAAGAAGAUAUUUACAAGAUAUUUCUACGCAUAUUGUUAUUUGCUAGUGCUAUAUGUACAUAACCCAUUAUCAACCCAUUUCUGGGUGUUGGCGAUAAUCAAGUUUGUUAGUCUGUUUGGUACGUCCUCUGCCAUGGGUUCGUCUUCAAAUAUUGUGAAAUCAACUUUGCCAAGGAUUGAAGUUCCCAAAAAGCCUCUUGUGGAUUUUGUAUUUGAGACCCAUGAAAAUUUUGAUCAAUAUAUUUUGGACAGACCAUGGAUUGUCGACGUGCCAUCUGGGAAAAGUGUCACAUUUGGUCAGGUUCGACGAGAUGCUCAAACAAUUGCAAGCUGGCUGAAGAAGGAAGGGUUUAAAAAGGGUGACAUCCUGUUUUUUGUCACUACGGAAAUGGCGCAUUUAUACCUAAUUGAGCUAGCUGUGUGGAUGUUGGGCGGCGCAGUCAAGGGCACCAGCACUCUUGAAAGCCAAGAGCAUUACCGAUUCCAAAUUGAAGAGAUGCAAAUCAAAUUUGCACUAGUGGAUGGAGAAACUUUUGAAAUUGUCAAAGAAGCAGCCCAGUCGGCCAACCAAGCUAAAGUAAAUUACUUUAGCAUCGGCGACGUGCAUUUGGAGGGAACGACCCACAUUUCUGAAAUGUUACGGGACGACGGCAGUGCCUAUUCUGGAAAUGUGGACAUUGAUGUUGAUAAUGAUAUGCUCUUGAUUUGCAACACCAGCGGCAGCACUGGAAUGCCAAAAGGUGUUGUGCACACGAACCAAUCUGUGAUUGCGAAUUUGAUAAUGAUGAAGGAAUUGAAAUUGAAAGAGUCUAUAAUGGAGUUCGUAAUAAACUACGGGGUUGUAAAUCUCUGUCUCUCCAUGUAUGCUUUGCGGCACGGCCUGACCAUCUACCAUUUGAAUAAAUUCAAGGAGAGCGACUACUUGCCUGCCUUAAUGACUUACAAACCACGUACAAUUAUGUUGUACCCAUAUAUUGCCAGUUCUUUUGCGCGUAAUCCAGAGCUUGAAGCAGUGCGCAAAAGUGGAUUUUUGAAGCACAUGAUGAUCGGAGGGUGGAUUCUAGACAUUACGACGGCAAAACUCCUUUCGCAAAAUCUUCCCCAAACUCAUAUUCAGCAGGUCUAUGGCAUGUCAGAGGUGCUGUUUGCUUUUGUAACUCAUAUACCAGAUGGAGAUGAGAUGGCUUCUGUGCCAAGCGUUACAGUUGAUGGUCAAACAUACACAUCAUCUGGUUCAUUAUUGGCAAACAUGGAAGCAAAAAUAGUGGAUGUUGAAACAAAGAAGCCACAAACUACUUUUAAGGAUGGAGUCCUCUACAUGCGCACACCAGGGCUAAUGAAGGGAUAUUAUCAGUCCAAUAACAAACCAAACAGAACUUCAAUUGACGAGGAGAACUGGAUUUGCAGUGGUGAUGUUGGAUUCUUUGACGACAAAGGGCAAAUUUAUGUCAAAGAGCGAGCUAAUUUCAUGUACAAAUACUGGAGCUACUUGAUUUCACCAAGUGAGAUUGAAAACGUUCUCCAAGAACACCCUGCGGUGAAGGCAGCAGGUGUCGUAGGGUUGCCUAACUUAGAAACGAACAAUGUGACAAAAGCCUACAUCGUCCUGAAGGAGGACCAACAUUGCUCUCCAGAAGAGCUCAGCGCAUUUGUCGCUGGCAAAAUGCCAUUGCACAAGCAGUUACACGCAGGUGCCAAAAUCGUAGACAAAUUACCGGUAAACAGAGGCGGCAAACUUGACCGAAAAGCUCUCAAAGAAAUGGCUCUGAAGAUAUAAGCGCGAUUUAUUAGAAUUUGCAAAAAAAUUUAUACAAAAUCUGGAAAUCUUGUUAGAUAAUAUAUUAAAAUCAGAAUGGUAUUAGAAGUGAACUAUUUUAUUUGCUUUU